ACAUUUAUGGCUCAGGAAAAUUUUACUAGACUCCAUUUGAUAAAACUAGAACUGUAAUUCUACUAGAUUGCUCGACUGUGAUUUAUUUCGUUUAUGGUUUCGCUCGCAGUGACGUUCUAAUCGCUAAAAUGGCGAAAUAGUGUGUUGAUAUUUACCUAAAAAAAAGGUUUUCGUCGCUGCGCGCGGGUGUAGGGAAGCUCUUAAUCCGUUAACACAUACAUACAUCCGUAUAACUAUUUCACUGCAUUCGUGGAGCGAUGCAAUCGGUUGCUGCCAGUUCCGCUGAUGAUGUAUCGAUGUUGGUUAAACGAGACCAAAACUGUCAAGCGGCUGAUGAGAACGCUGGCGAACCGUGUGGCGAAACCGGAGGUCUACGCAUCCUCGAUGACUUUCGCAAAUUGUACGAGAGUCGCAUCGAGAAAAUCGACCGGGAAUCCGCUGGCGAGUCUGACCGAGUUUCCAUGAAGCUGCAGAUAAUGAGUGAUUGGAUUAAGGAUUUAGGGGAGCAAAAUGCAAUGCUGGUACACACGGUGGAAGACUUGGAGCAGACUGCGUGUAGUAGAGUCAAGUUGUUGGAGGAAAAGUUGAAACAAUCGUCGCAGAUGGUCGUGGACAAUCUAGCAAUAUCGAAUCAUUCUGAAAAGACUCUGAACACUCUUUCGAAUCGCGUCAGUCAGUUGGAAAAGGAUGAGGAAUAUCUGCAACAGAAAAUAGAAUAUCUGCAAAGUGACAUUAGAGGGUUAUUAGAGGUAAUACGACGCGCUCGUAGGCAGAAUAUUUGGAGUCUGGAAGGUAUCACGUUUUUUGAAAUUCAGCCGGAGGAUAUUCCAAUUUCAGUGGACUGCGUGUGUGGUCAGGAACAGGUCGAGACUGAAUAUAUAAAGUCCUUAAAUCUUCAAGUGGGGCAACUUCAGGAAAAUGAGAAACGAUUGACAAGAUCGCACUUGGAACUGGAAGGGAAGAUAGCUGAUCUCACAACAGAGCUAUUAAUCAAGGAUGAGACUAUAAAAAAGUAUGUUUCUAGACUCCAGUGCUUUUGCGAGAAGCUUAAAGAACAUGCUAAACAAACAAAUCAAGUCAUUAGUCAUCCGUUGACAGUCACAGAUCAAGAUUGCAAUAUUAUCUUAAUACCUGACAUUCUGGAAAGUGUAUUAGAUGCAAAAGAUACGGAAAACCAAAGCUUACGUCGACAGCUUCAGGAUAUCGAGUCCAAGCUUAUGGUGCAUACUUAUGAAAACAAUAUUGAUACGAACAAUCUGCGAAUACAACUGGAAGAGAAAUGCAAGAGAAUACAAGAAUUGGAAGAUAAAGUGGCCUGCCUCGAAAAAGAAACUGUGGACACGCGGGAUACACUGACGGCGGAGAUUGCUACGUUAGAAAAACAAAAUUAUCAUGCGAACAUAGGAAAUCUCCUGAAGGAUGAUCUGAUAAAAGAAAUGCGCAAAGGAUUGAAACAAGCAACCUUAGAGGACAUGCCAUCUCGAAAGGUCUGCAUUGAUACGAGUAAUUUUCCAGAGAGGUGUUCUCUACCUUCGAUAGAUACUUCGCCUCCUAAAAAGGAUGAAUUUAUAACUUUCCUGAACAGUACAAAGGUACAUGUACAAAAAGAAUGUGACAUCUUGUCCGACUUAAAGUUCGAACUAGGAAAAUUUGUAGAAAAAUUGGCUGUAAAAGAUAAUGAGACGAAUGCUUGUAUUAUAUCCAACAAUUGUACAAAAGAAAACAAAAUGUGUGCAAGUGCUAUGUCGGACAAACUAGUCAACUGCAUCGAGAUUAUUACGAAAAUGUACUCGGAAAGAGAGAAGGAAAUUACGCUUUUCGACUGUAUGAUGAAGAAAGAACAAAAUCAUUGUACAUGCGGCGAAUCGAAGAACAUCAAGUCAUAUAUAAACAGACGACAAUUUAAAUUGAUGGAGGAAUACAGGAUAUGCACCGUGGAAGUCCAAGCAGCAACGGAGGAUAUUCGCGAGGAGAUAAGCACCGUUCUCUCAUCAUUUAAUUCGCGACAUCAAAAUUAUGAGGAACUAAGCGAGGUGGUCACUGCAGUACAAAGUCACUUAGUGAGAACGCGAGAGGGGCUAGUAGAGGCGAUCAAUAGACUAGAAUUACAAGAAGAAGAGAGGCUGAGGCACAGUGAGAGAAUAAUAAAUGGCAAACUUAAAUUGAAGGACAUAAAAAAUGAGAUUAAUCAGGCCCAGUCAGAAUUUUCUCAUUGCAUUAACGGCCUACAGGAGAAUACACAGGAAUACAAAUCUGGAAACACAGAAGGAUGCAUUGCUAAUGAUCUAUUAGCAGUGAUAAUGGAGGAAAUUGAACAAAUAUUGACUAAUUUGCAAUUAUUCCAAACUCAGGGUAAUUGUGUGACAUCGAUACUAAAAGAAUUAAAAGGCCAAAUAUGUACUGUAGAUUGUUCAUUGAAAGAUUUGCAAAAACGAACUGGUGAAGUGCUUGUUAACAACGAAAUUGCGAAAACAACAUUUUGCCAGAGAGAGAACAGUUUGACCAAACUUGAGGAAGAAGUUGACUGUACACAUACAAAGAUGCAAGAUGUAUUAGAAACUUUACUUUCUACGAAGCAAGAAGAGGAGCAGUCUAUAUAUUGUACCUUUGAUAAUCAGGAAGUAAAUGAUAUAAUAAAAAUGAAGGAAGAGUUGCAUAAAUUAAAAAAAGAAUACAAUGAUUUAAAACUUAAUAUGAUCCAGCAAACAUGUCAGAUGAAACAUGACGAAAAACUGAAUAAAUGGAAAAAUCGUGUAAUCGAUUUGGAAGAUCAGAUUAGAAUGUUGCAACAUGAGGUGAAAUGUAAACAGGAAGCAAAUAAUUUCUUGAAGAACAGCAUCCAAUCUACGGAGAGAGAACUGAUGGCUGCACGAAAAAAGGCAGAUUGUUACAGACAGAGUCACAGUCGAGACAGUAUGGAAUUGAAGAAGAAGAUAACAGAGUUGGAAAAUAUUAUCAAAACGCAAAGAGAGGUAGAGAAUGAUCUCAGAAAAAAUUUAAAUAACGUAGCAAAUAUGAAAAAAUCGGCGGAAAUCUCAAAUGCUUUUCACAUGGAAUACAACACAGAAGCACUCUUACGUUGCGACUAUCCAUCCAAGCAUGAGAAUAUAUCUCAUUUAUUCAAAAUUGUGCAAGAUACAAUGCAAUCUGCAAAACUGGCAGUUCAGGAAUUCGAAAGUGAUCUUAAAAAAUUGAUACGUGAGGAAUCAUCUCUCUCCUCCGUUUCUGCAAAAUCUGUCAUGACGCUGACGGAAUCAUUGGGAAAAUGCAGAGAGAAAUUGGACAUGUGCUCUCAUGAAUUGAGCAAGCUUAAAAGUGCUGUAUAUUCCAAAGAGAAACUUUUAGAAAACAUGGAAGAAGUUAUACGUAUACAACGCGAUUCCUUAACAAUGAGCCAAGCAGAAGUAAAAGAUUUGCAUCAAAAAUUGCAAGAAAAGAUCGACAAACAAAAUCUCGUCAUUGCGCAAUACGAGAGGGAUAAAAACGAAUUGACGAAACAGAACGAGCUCCAAAUACAGACUAUUGGCCAUCUGCAAAACGCCGUUGUUGAAGCUAAGAGAAAUUUGGAUCAGAUGGGUCAUAAGGCAAUGAGCGACCUUUGCAAGAAAGAUGAAACUAUUCGUCAACUAGCAAUGUGCAUUGACGAGACGCAAGAUCAAUACAAUGAAUGUUUCACGGAAGUGACUAAUCAAGAUUUGCUAUUGGAUUUGCAACGAGAUGCCAUUGACACUCUACAUAAAAGGAUUCAUUGUCUGGAGUAUGACAAGAAGUUGAUCGCUACUACAAUACAUACAAUAUAUUACUCAGUUUUAAGUACAAUACAGGAACAGAUUUAUGAUCACGUGAAAGAUCUUCGAGAAUUGAAAUGGAAAAUGAACAGUUUUAUGGAGACGAAGAAUCUCUCCGAUGGUAAAUAUAUGAGCAAAUCGUGUACAAUAUAUUUUGACAAAAACUGUGAUACUCAAGAUUUGGAGUAUUCUUCAGAUGACAUGAAAUGUGAAACGUCAUAUAUGGAAAAAUAUUCAGACAAAGAAGUAAUUUUAUCUGAAUUAAAUGCAUCGGAGUACGAGAUGCUGGUUAUUCUGUGUGAUCGAGUAUACUCUUUAAAAACUCUAUUACAAGAGAAAUCAGAUAAUAUGGUGAAAUUGCAAGCCGAUUACGAAUUGCUUAAGAAUGAGAAUGCUAUAUUAAAAAAACAGAGUGACGUUAUUGAAAUUCAAACUAAAGAUGAUAUCUUGAAGCUGAAGAAAAUGCUCAAAGAGACGCGCUUAAAAUUGCGUGAGACAGAAAAUAAUCAUCAGCGAAUGAUUGAAAAUUUUGAUAAAGUCCAAGAACAAUUAAUGUCAGCAACAAAACAAGAAGCUGAGUCUAAAGAGUCAUUAACGGUUAUGGAAAAAGAUUACUGUUCUAAGAUUGGAGAAAUAGAAAAUGAAGCAGCAAAUCUUCGCAAUUUGGUGGAUAAACUAAAUGAAGAAUUAGAGGAAACCAAAAGAAAACUUACAUUGAAGGAUGUUGAGUUGUGUCAAACGCAAGAUACAUGCAAGAGUUACGCUGAUCACUUGAAUACUAUACGUCAGGAUCUGGAAAAAGAAAAGGAGGAAGUAACGAAGGCAGAAAACAUAAACCGCGACUUAAUUCAGCAGCUGCAAGACUAUAUAAACGACAAUUACCAUCUCGGUCAACAAAAAUUUUCGCUUGAACAAGAUAAUUCCACAUACGCAACUGAGUUACAGAGUAUGCGCAAAUCCUUGCACGAGUUGAGAAGAGAAUGCCAUUUAAAAGAGCAAUCUUUAACAUGCAUGUCAGCCGACCUGACUGAAGCAGCUGUAAGUAGGUCGGAACUUUGUAAGGAAUCUCAAUACAUACUUUCGUGUGUACGUGACUGUCUGGAACAGCAAAAGAAAUACAGUGAAACCUUAGCAAAAACUCUGGAAAAUAAGCAGCAGCUUUUAAUGCAACUUAUAUUUGAGAAAAAGACUCUAUUAAUUAAAAUGAAAAAGCUGAAACGAAUUAAUCUAUUGGCGCAGAAACCGAAAAGAACGCAUAGGCAAUUGACUAGUAAAACUAUUAGAAAGCAUGUAAACGGUUAUAUUUCGCCAUCAGAUACAGUGCGCCAAAAUGCAGACGCAAGUCCAAUUCCAAGUUCCAAUUAUACAGAUUUAUAUAAGAAAUGUUUCAUGCAACCAAUCAAGACUGGCCAGCGACGUGUAUCAACGUGUGGUGACUCAUGGUGGUUUCCUAAGAUGGAGCAUGUAAUAAAUGAGGUGCGAAAGAGUAAUCAGUGGUGGAAUGAAAAUUUCAGUAACGAGACGGAAUCCGACAUUUCGUUGGAAGAGAGUCGCGAUUAUGGUUAUCAAUCUUCUUCCACAAGUAAAUGAAGAAGAACAAGAAACGUAUCCUGAUGAAGACUAAAGAAGUGCAAUUAGUGGCACAAGAGCGUGUACUGUUUUUCCUAGAAUAUAAAAUAUCUUUUUCAAAAUUAUGGAGAGAAAUUAUUAUUAAUAAUUUCUGAAUCCGUCGCAAUGUUGCCGACAUUUUUCAUCUCUUUAUAUUGCUUCAUCCACUUACUUGCAACCUGCUGUGACUUUCUUAUGUAACGGGCAGCGGCUGCAAGUGAUUAUUCGCGGCUUUUCGGUGCGGACACAAAAACACUACCUCAAAUCGGCUAGCAUACGCAGCACUCAUCUUAUUUACAUAUAAUUAUCAUGUAGACACUAAACUGAGAUCUAGCUUUCAAAAUUAACUUAAUUACUAAUUUUGCCGUACGAAAAUGUUACAUGCUAGACAAUGAUAAAUACCAACUGUUACAAUUAUUGCGCAAAUAUGCUCUUGUGCCACUUGAUUGUUGGUUGUAGUAAUGCGAAAAAGAA